UAAAAAACCAAAAUAAAAAAAUUACAUGGGGUUGAGAAGGGGCAAAAGAGUAAAUAAGAAAAAUGAGUGUCAUCCGACAGGUAAUCGAGGACCAGGGCGGACCCCACUGGACUGGACAACGAGGUUGAAGAUCGCAGCUGGAGCGGCACGAGGCGUGGCAUUCAUUCACAAACAUAAACUCACCCAUGGAAACAUCAAAGCCACCAAUGUUCUUAUUGACGUGGCGGGCAACGCGCGCGUCGCGGACUUUGGUCUCUCCAUCUUCGCUGGCGCCUCCAUUCUAAGAUCCAACGGCUACCGGGCGCCAGAGGUAUCGGACGGUCGCAAGCAGACACAGAUGUCUGACGUGUACUCCUUUGGCGUCUUAUUAAUAGAGAUGCUGACGGGGAAGUGCCCCUCCACCGUGGUGGAUCUCCCCAGGUGGGUCCGGUCGGUUGGGAGAGAGGAGUGGACGGCCGAGGUAUUCGAUUUAGAACUGAUGAGCUAUAAGGACAUUGAGGAGGAGAUGGUGGCGCUGCUGCAGAUAGCUAUCGAGUGCACUGAGACCGAACCUCAUCAACGGCUCAAGAUGAGCCACGUGGUGAAGAUGAUUGAGGAAUUGCGUCGGGUCCAGAUGUUGCCGUGUGAUGAAGGGUUGGAAUCGCUGUCUGGGUCACUCUCGAUCCCUGAAGCAAGUGCAAGUCAAUGAUGCCGAGGAAUAUUGUAGAUUAAAACAUCAUCGGAUAUUGAUUAUUGUUUUUCAAUUUUUUCUAAAAUUAUUAGUAUUA